AAGUAGAAAAACCACGAACGCGUGCCUGAAGAAAACUUGUGCGAAAUCUUGUGAAAUCAUCAACGUAAACGUGCGUGCGAGGAGGUAGAAAUUGCCCCGUCUCGGCAUCAGUGUGGCUAGUUUGUGAUGAAGAAUUUUUACAGCGACCAUCAUGCUUUGAAGAUGUGUUCAUCCGCUGUUCUCGCUUUCGGUAGCGAUUGGAAAUUCGUGAAAUUGACGUCAUCCGCCGUUGUUCGCCCAGGUUGUGGAGCCCGCCCGUUCCGUGGCAGCAGCACCUCUUGACGGAAGUAGGCUGGAAACGCAACGACCCAAAAAGGAUCACAAAGCAUCGCUUCGAUUGCUUUUACUCCGGUAGAGUGAAACCGCAGCAGAUAUCCUGCGAGUGUCUCUUGGCGCCCCGCGCACAUUCCGCUUCAGGAAGGAGAAGGCGGCCGGGGGGAAGUGUAGUAGUUUGUGGCGAGCUCUUUUGGUUCGGUACGGAGUUAGUCAAGGCCUUGGCCGAGUGCGUCGUCUACUAAAAACAACAUCGUUCGACGACGACCACGAUCCGAUCGUCGUGUGGACGACGUCGUAGGAGAGCAGAAAAUCGACGUAAUCAGCUCUAGGCGAGCCGUUUGCCUCUGUGAAGGCUUCAGUUGCAAGAACAGCCAACAGAUUUACGGAGCAGUGCAGUUUCAUUCAAGUAAACUUUCAGUUUGGGCCGUACCCGGGUCCGCAGAACGAUGGAAUAUUCUAGCAACGACGUGAAACAGUUGUUCAGAUCCGUCUACACGCUAGUAAAGGGGCAGGAUGAGCGGAAGGCGGAGCUGACGGCGAGCGAGAUACUUGAGCCGAGCUUCCAGCUAAGUCACCGUCUGCUUAUCUCGCAGUGCAUUCAACUGAUAUUCGAAGACUUCGAGACGGUUGGUGUGAAAUCGCGCGAAAUUCUUUGGCGCAAGGGCUACUACGAUGUCAUCUCGGUGCUCAAGCGCCAGAAAGGCAAAGUGGAGGGUGCGGUGCUGCAGCAGGCCGCGGACCACCUCCUCCGCGAAGGAAGCAACUAUUUCAAGGCCAUAGUCUUGCGCUUUGCCGAGCUCUUUCACCUGGAAACGCUGAAAUAUCUGGUCGAUUUUGCGCUGCUUGAUGACUACGAUGACGAGACGUUGCGCCAGGAGGCGUCAUGCUAUUCGUUGCUGCAGCUACGGAAUGAAGCACACGCAACGAGCCCGCAGGAGCUGUACACCAAACAGGAGAUAUCCUACGCCCUGGAGACCAUUCACUCAUUGCUGAUUUCGCUGGGCGAUUUGCACCGUUAUCGCUUGGAGUUCGGUCUCGGGCAGAGGGCCGAGCUACGUGCCCAAACUCGGAACUACUAUCUGGAGGCAUUCAAGCUGAACCCCAAAAUUGGGAUGCCGCACAAUCAGCUGGGUAUGCUGGUGACCGGACAGAACAACAAUCUCGAUGCGGUGUACCACUACCUGUACUCCCUGUGCUGCGUGGUUCCGUUCGAGUGUAGCGAGGCGAAUGUGAAUAACAUCUUCCAGAAGAACAUCCGCCAGCUGGAGAGUGCUGCGGCCAACACCGAUGGUGGUCUCGCUGAUGAAGAUCGUGCGGUCAAGCAAUUCAUUGCCACCUUUCUUCUUGUGGUGGAUGUUUUUUUCUACGACAAAAACGUUACGGACUUCACCGCUCUGUGUCACUCGGUGUUGAUCGACUUCAAGAAGGCAUUAGGGAUCCGCGAGCUGCUGGGCGAUUUUCUCAUGACGGAGGAUAUGAUCUUCAAGGUCGUCUCGAUACUGUUCUUCUGCAUGCAUCGCAUCCGGAUGUGCAACUCGGACAAAAUCUACAGCCUGAAUGCGUUCCUCGUGGCACUCUGCUCCGAGCUGCUCGAGUAUUGUACGUUAAGCGUCGAGAAAUGCAUCGUGGAGAAGGUACGCGACGAUAACCGCUUCCACGAGGUGUACCUGGAACGAUAUCAGCAAAAUGAUGAGAAAGUAUUGCGUACCCGGGCCAUGGCCAAGCAUGGAAUGUACUCGAAGGAUCAGAAAUCGUCCUCCGGCGUGGAAGAAGGUACCGGUAGCCAAGAUAGUCGGGGUACAAACAGCAAGGAGUGCAUCAACGGGGACAGCAAGGGCAGAGCUCUGCGAGUUGAUUCAGCGAGGAAAACAUCAGCGACCAAUGGUGGUUCUAUUGGACGAUCGAAGCAAAAGCAAACACGACGCCGUAGACGAGCGUUUAGCAACGAAAGCGAUUCGGAAGAUGAAGAGGAAGAGCACCAUGCUGGAGGAGACGGAGAUGAUGAUUAUUCUCAUCGUGAUUACGAUUCGGAGCACGAUUUCUCCUCUGCAUCCGAGGUAAGCGAAGGAGAUGACAAGGAGGAGGAAGAUGAGGAGGAAGAGGAGGAAGAAGAAGAGGGCCAGGAUAUUAUGUCGCUCUCGAGCUACGGUUCGUACGAUUCAACCCACGAUGAAGAGCAUCAGGUCGAUCAAGUUCAAAAUGGAAAGCAGCCUGCAAAGAAGAAACAAUUCACUGGACAGCAGCAAACCGGUGAUGGGGAUGGUGAGGGGUGUGGCCCCACCCGGGCUGUUCAAGACGGGGAACAUCUGAAGUUCAAGAAGCGUUACCAAAAGACCAAUCCGAACAUCGUGCUGGAAUUUGCAAACACUGACCGGACGAUACGCUCGUUAAAGAUCCUGUUCGACUGGCUGCACUGCAACAUGGACGUGCUGUACAACUGCUACCAAUCGAAUCCAGAGUUUGUGGAGAAAAUCAUGAAGUUGCUGAACUACUUCAACAUCGACAUCUUCUGCAACAGAAUUUACUUCUGUCGUGAGCUGAUCACGGUUCCUGGUUUGCGGGAAGAUUUGCACUCAAUAUUCGUCGCUCGUCGCACCAUCCCGUUACGCGAGGACAUCGCUAUGAAACGUUUCCCAUUGUUUGAACCAGCCCAGGAGGGGUUGCUGUGGGAAACUUCGUACAAGUACGCGAUUACCGCAGAGGACGAAAGUUUGUUGCGUUUGAUGAAGAUGGUUGAUUUUGGGUUUGCAGUGCUGAAGACGAAUAAGUUUGACUACUGCUUCGAUUCCAAGACACGUGAGUUUAGCCUCCGUUCUGCACGUGGUCGUCAGCCGCGAGUGUCUACGCAGAAAAACAAGAAAAAGAAGAAUCAGGCUUUAAAGCGAGAGUGGAACGGUGGCAAGCAACACUCGAAGCAGCAUUCGAAGCAACAGCAACAUGGUUUCACCCGCGAUCGUCAACGACACGAGAAACGUCGCCCACGGACCGAAGUUAAUGGCGAGCGUCAACCACGCAUCCUGCAGAACGAUGACGAUGAUCCGGGAGACAUAUUUGUGUUUCCAAGCGAGUACCGUCGCAGUCGCAUGCGCAACGACUCGCAACAAACGUCCAACGGAAUGGGCCAAUAUGGCGAUGAGCGGCUGGAGAAACCAGCGAAAAAGGACAUAAGCACAAUGAUGGGCAAACUUUGGCUUGAAGAUCAGGUGAAGCAACUCGAAGCGAAGGUUAACCGAAAAAGCGGUGAUGUGUUGCUUACGCCAUACUUGAUGGUUGAUGCGAAAUGUCUAGCAGAUUACACUUCGAUCGUGAAAAACCUGGUCAAGACGAAGAAAUUUAUUGUCCUCAUUCCCAACGCUGUGCUCAACGAGUUGGAUAAGUUGAAGAAGUUGAACGAGGGCGCCCGCAGUGCGAUCAAGUGGUUAGAGAUUGAGCUUACCAAAGGAAAUCGCUACCUACGCAUUCAGAAGCCCUACGAAACGCUACCGAUGCCUCUAGUGAAGAUACCAAAAAAGCUAGAUCGCGAUGGUGCACUGUUUACGCAGAUCGUUCAAUUCUGUAAUCACAUCGUCACUACCCAGGGCGAUGACGAUGGAUUCGACAUUAUUACCUACCUGUCGGGAGACAGUUUGGCGAACAAGAAGCUUGGCAACGGCAGUAGCUACAUCGGCAUACUGGAGGCUAUACCGGUGAAGUUUGAGCAGAUCGUAACGUUCUAUUCGGCUUACAAAAGGAAAUGAACAGAUCUCGCAAGCAACGCCAUGUGGUCCUUGGUCCUGAGAGCGAACAGAUAGCGAGUUUAAGGAGAGCCAAAACAGCAGAACAACACAGUAACCAAGAAGCAGCCGCGCCAACCCAACAAGAAACCAACGUUCGUUCCCUCACGUCUCUGGGGUGGACAUCGCUCAGCGCGCUCAGUAGUCGAAGGCGGCAGUGCCAUCAUCAUCAUUUUGGGCACAGUUCCUUUGGCAGCGCUGGGUGUGGGAUCUCUCCAUUUGAGGGGAUGUAGGUUGUCUUUUGGGUUUCAAAAGGCGAGGGUCAGGUCAAGUUGUGUCCCGUCAACCAGUCCUUUGCGUCGCUCGUUUUACACACUCCAUUUCCCUCUCCCUCUCUCGGCGCAUAUGCAUCUCCAUCGGACGCGUGACACUCGAUGUUCACUCUUUGUAGAGAGAUCGUCGUUGCAAAAAGAUAAUGCGGCCGUAGAUAGUAGGGAAAACAGAGAGAAAUUGAAAGCUUAAGUACGACAGAAGGGCGCUGAUAAAUGAAAUCCACAGUAGCAGCAGCAGCAGCAGCAGCAGCAGCAGCAGCAGCAGCAGCAACAAGAGCAGAAUAUGGAGAGGGAUCACUGCGGAAGUGAUAUGCCCACGAAAACACCCGGAAACAUGAUGAACCAGUGCCGAUCAAGAAAUUUGAGGCGAUUAUCAAUUCCGAAGUAACCUUCAUUCUCCCUCUCAUUUGAUUUUUUUUUUCUCUACUAUCCAAAAAUAGACCCACAUAAUACACACAAUAACACAACCGAUAAAAGCAUUCCAAAUCGCAGGGAUACGCAUCAGUUGUAGUUGAGUUCAACGUUCUGCGAACUUAACAGUGACUCGUUGAUGGCGGUGGUUAUCCAGAGAAUCCCGGAAAGAUUUUGGGUGUGUGUUUCUUCAGUUAAAACCAACAAGAACUACGAUUUCUUCUUUUCCAUCAUUCCCAUUUUAGUUAGUAAUAUGCAAAUUUACUGUACUACAAAGCUACUCAUGGUGCAACGGAAAUCAAAAUUCAGUCUUUGUCAUCACUACUCUUUUCUUUUGUGUGUCUCGGGUCUUGAUUAGCAUGCGACAGAAUGUAAUGUUAAGACCGAUGUUCUGCUCAUGCUUGACGAUUGGCAAUUGAAUUAUAAUUUCCUAUCAUCAAUAGAAGACUUUCUUUUUCACCAUACAUUAUUCCGGGCACUUGUUUCGCCAACCAUUCGGUCAGCGGUUUAUGAUUGCCUUAUUCCAUUGAAUGAUUUUCAUUAUUUGCACAGAUCUUGGAUAUGUUGAAGGUUGCCAGACGACGUUAAUGCACAGUGGUUUGAUUGUACGCUAACACCUAUGCUGGAGUAGUGUGCUAUACGAAAAACUGUGGGAAAUGUUAACAGUUAAGCUUGCCAGCUGAAGCGUAUGCUAUCGAUUUUUGCAUCCCAAUUUACAGUACAGAUCUUAAAUUCUCAGUUCUUCAUUCAUCCACUGCAUCCACUGGAAAACACAUGUUCUAUGCUUCUCUUCUAUCGCAGUCUUUAUGUUAUCCUACGUUUACCGCUUACAAAUAAAAUUCUCAUUGGUGGAACAAUA